UAUAUUUAUCCCUUUUAUUUUAGAACCUUUAAAAAAAAUCAAGUGUGAAGUAUCGCACCAUAAAGACUGAGAAAUACACCAGACAGGUCAGGGAUAAAUACUGUGGAGAAUCGUUUAGAACAAUAUCUCAAACUCGACAUCAGUUAAGUAGCACUGUGAUUAACAGAAAGGUGCAACUGCUCAUCGUUGUGCAGGUUGUAUUAUAAAGUUACCACUGCAACUUUAUAAGCAGUUCUUAUAACUGUAACAGAAAAUGAAGUACAGUUUCUGAAGGAUUUUGUCAUUUUUGUUCCAGUAAAAAAAAACAGAAACAGAAUAGCGGGUAUUUAUCUUCCUUCUCCUCCCAACUUCUCCCACAUUUUUUUUCUGUUUAACUGGACAAGACAAGAAGCUUGCUCUUUUUGACAGUAACUACGAAGACAUUUCUCAGAGGAUUUGAUGCUUCCUUUUGGGCUGCAGGUAAGAUUUCAACUUUUUGUGCUCAGUUUGUAACACAGACUGAGCACAAAAUUCCCUCUUUUUUGUAACCCAACAGUAGGGUAAGUGUGGUGUAGUCUCAGUUUUCAGUACUCACUUGUAAAUCCUUGCCUCAAAGGUCAGACUUAAUAAGCUAGGCAGGAACUGCUGUAAACCAGAGACAACCAAAGGUACCAGCAGUGUCCAGUUCCAGUCAGUCCUUGAGUGUCAGUGUCCUGCCUGUUUGAGGACAAAGACUUUUGGCUCUCUCAGGUUUUAUCAUGUCCACAUGCCCUAUUUAAAAAGUACAAUAUAUUUAUUUUUGGAUUCUGAUCAGAACAUCUAACUUUAAAUAUUUGCCAAUACUGGCUUUCUAUGAUCCAGAACACCGUUACUUAAACAUUUGUUUGUUUUUUAUAUACAGAUCUACAUUGUUAUUAAGCUAUUGAAUGAUAUAGUUAACAAGCUGUGGGAAAUCUUACCUACAAGUUCCUGAAGUUUGAUAAGUAGGUCAAAAAACAUUUGGUACUGAUGUUUAUAAAAGAUUACUCUUGUUAUUAGCAAUUAGUGUAGGUAGCACAGUACAAGGUUCUUGCUUCAGCUAAUGCUCGCUUGUUUCUCUUUACAGGGAAGUUAACAUGUAAAAUCGACUUUUUGAACUUUUCAUCAUGUUCUAAUGUUAUCCCCUCGUCAAAAACAUUCCUGGAGUGUUGCUUUGGUUCUUUCAUGCAUGUUUGAGAAAUCCUAUAAUCUACCGUGGCAACCAUUUGUGUCUAAGCGCUUGCUCUCACAGAGUGGCGCUUUUUUUUCCAUGCAGUUCCUCCUUGGUUUAGUUGUCUCCAAACUGAGCUUCCUCCUCAAGAGCACCCCUCCCCUACCACUCACUCACUGAGCUCCUCCAAACUAGUGGCAGCAGCAAUUAGAAAACACCUGGAACUCAGCAUCUGCUGAGAUCAUCAUAGGAAUUUCUUCUCAGCGCAAUGCUCCUAAGGACGUUGUUAAAAGCUCAAUGGAGAAACAGUGAUUUCCUGCAGGAAGAGUGCCAGAAAGAGCAGGAGCUUCUUAAAGACAGAGAUUUCUCUUUGAUUUUAAAGUUUCAGCCUAAUCAAUGAAAUACAUGAAGGUGUCUUGUAUUUUAACAAUUUAAGAACUGAUACAUUUCCAAAUAAUUUAUGAGAAUGUGUCGUGGUAAUUUUUUUUAUUUACUAUGUUUUCAGCAACAUCUUCAGUGUGUGAGGUGUUUCACAUUAUCUUUAGAUAUAUCUACCAUAACAAACUCAGAAUGAGGAACAUUUUAUUGCAUGAAAACUGAUUCACACCAACAACAACUUGAUCCUCUUUUUAUGUCUGUUUGUUCUUCCUGACUCUUUUAACAACAGCUGUCCUGUUCUCCUUUUAACAAAACCCAACCAACAUUGGGAGUCAAACGUCUCAUCUCUGCAGCUUGGGCUCACCAAUCACAACCAGCGCUGCCAUUUACCAGCCUAGUAACGACGCUCCACAAACUGAUUCUGCACAUCUGUGUCCGUGAUGAGGACCACCACUGCUCUGCUGUUUGUCUGUUUUUGGAUGAACGCUGGCAUCCAUGCUGUUCAGAAAGGCGAGUUUUACGAUUCAGUCCAAACUGAGAGAUGCAAAUGAAGAACUGCAUGUCUCCUUUUUCUCUGUAGAUCAAAAAUGUGGCUCUACUCCAGCGGUGAACCCAAGGCGUCGAUUCGUGAGGGUGGUCGGAGGAACCCAAGCUACAUAUGGAUCCCACCCAUGGCUGGUAUCAAUACAGAAUAAAGGCUCUCAUUUCUGUGGAGGGACCAUUCUGACUGACAGCUGGAUACUGACUGCGGCUCACUGCUUCCCAUCCUUAUCAAAAGUCUUUCUGAGUGGUGUGACCGUUCUGGUGGGAGAGUUUGACCUACGAGUCGAAGAUAAAGAUGAGCAAGUCUUCACAGUCAAGUCUCUGUUAAUCCAUGAAAACUACAACCACGCAUGUCCAAUGAAUUAUGACAUCGCUCUGGUGGAACUGCAUCGUCACAUCGCAAUGGGAGCUCGUGUCAGGCCAAUAUGUCUGCCUCUGCCUGAUUUUAAAAUCCCGCCAUCGACUAAAUGUGUUGUUGCUGGAUGGGGAAAAACAUGGGAAAGAGGACACAUUCCUGCAGUCCUGAGAGAAGUCCACCUGGGUUUGGUGGAUCAAGCCAAGUGUAAAUAUGUCCAACUGAUGAUCAAAAGCUCAUUUCCAAAACAGAAACAAAAGUUCCUUGAUCCAGCCAUGACGAUUCUGUGUGCUGGAGCUGAGGGAGGAGGCAGAGACGCCUGCCAGGGAGACUCUGGCGGUCCUCUGGUAUGUCAGGCAGGGGCCGGAAGCGACCACUGGAUUGUGCUGGGAAUAACUUCCUGGGGUCAAGGAUGUGGUCGGAGCUGGGGAAUAAAAGGCAACCGGCAUCCGUCAAAGAAAGGGUCUCCAGGAAUUUUCACUGACGUCAAGCUGCUACUGCCCUGGAUCAAGCAGAAGAUGAGGGAGGCUGAGCAGCAACGACAAUCAACUUCAGGACUGUGUAGUGUGACAGAUGGCCCAGUAUCGGAUAGUGAAGGGGUGAUCAGGAACCCCACUUUCCCUGACACCUACUACGACAAUAACCAGUUGUGUUUGUGGAGCAUCGAGGCUCAUCCAGGUCACAGCAUUCUGCUAGAGUUUGAUCAUUUUGAUGUGGAAAACAGCUCGUAUUGUCAGUUCGACCGACUCACGGUUUCAGGAUCAAAGAACAGGCCUGUUGCAAUAUUCUGCGGUAAAUUACUACCAGCUAGAGUGCUUCUACAGAAUUCCCAGAAUGCAAUGCUGCUCUUCUCCUCUGACGUCAGUAGAGCAGGGCGUGGAUUUGCAGUCAGGUACCGUGGCUUCAAGGGACCCUUUCCUCCAGCAUGCGGGACUAUUGUUCUGGUGGAGGAUCAGAUUUCACUCCACACCCCAAAUUACCCACAGUCCUACAGUAAUGACUGUGUACUCCGCUGGGUCAUCUACGCUCCUCCGGGACAUCUAGUUAAGCUGACGUUUGUUGAUUUUGACCUGGAGGAGUCGGAGAGAUGUUUGCCUGAUUCACUGACAGUUCUGGGAGACGUUGAAGGAAACAAAGAGAUUGCUGUGUUGUGUGGCGGCAGUAUUCCCCCUCCGGUCCUCUCCGUCAGCAGCAUCAUGGUGCUUCAUUUCACCUCAGACAGCCGUAUCACUCACAGGGGCUUCAGCGCAGGACUGACCUUCAUCAGGAAGGAAGACAGAACCUGACUGGUGUAGCAGGCACCCCAUGUACAGAGGCCUUCAUUUCUUGAUACAGCAAUCGGGGGUAUGACUCCUGACCUCUGGACCUUUCUUUUGAGGAACUGUAAAUUUUAAAAAUUAAAAUAUUUCUUCUAAUUCUUUUAGAUUAAAUGUGUGUGGCAGUGUUUUUAUCACCCUUAUAAGUUUUAAUGGACACAAAUGACUUUUCCUUUUCUUUUCUUGUCUGAUAAAUCUUCUUUAUACCAAAACAAUCAUUCCUCUUUCAAUUGUUUUUUGGUUUUUCUUGUUUCCUUUGUCUCUCAGCUCUCCUUUCUGAAUGUCUCCUGUGUAAACUCUCACCACACCCAGAGGCUUGGAGACCUUGGUCUUGCUUUUCCCCUGACUGUAUGUCUUUCUUCUCCCAGUUUGUGAAAGUGGAACUCCACCCACUGAGAUUUGCAGUGACUCAGACAAGGUGUAGGUAGCAGGUGUGGUCCCUUAUAGAAGCAGUGAAAAUGUGAAAUUUUGAGAUUUAUUAGAUUAUGGACAUUGUUUUUAAUGCAGAUAUUCUGACAAAAACCAGCUAAGACAUUUACAAUGUAUGUUUUAGUAACAGUGAAGCUUUUGGUUUAGAAUGUGUGUAAGCUACUAGUAUUCAUAAUGCACAAGGAGCAGGAGGUACUUUCUAAAUGCUUUCUCACUCUUAUUUUUUUUUAAAUGUAUUUAUUUAUUUUUUGGCUUUCAUGUGAUUUUGGUUUGUCUGCCCACAGCAGUGCUGUUUGUCAGCCAAAUGAUAUUCUGUUUUGCUAGCUUCUCUGGAAACCAGUGAGCGCAGUGCUUGCUGAGGAUAACUUGGCAGAAAUAGUGACCACUUCAGGCAACAGCACAUCCGUGUUGCAACUACAAAGUCUGUGUGUUUCCAAACAUUUUCUGUCUGGCAUUCCAGAAUAUUUUAUUAUAUUUCCUACGUUUCUGUGGAUGUAAGAUGCCUACGCAUACCUAAUAAUGUUAUAAAUGGGUAUUUGCAAUUUGUUUGUAGUAAAGAAAGAGAUGAGCUUAGUUUUUUUCAGUGACUCUGUAUUAGGAAAUGAUCAUAUCUUGGCAAAGCAAUGACUCAAAACUUAAACUUAAAGCUUUAACAUCUGACCUCACGUUUUGGUGCUGAGGUAAGAAGAAAACUUUGUUUUACGGCUCCCUCUACUGGCACAUCUGAGAAACUACAGUGUUAGUUUUGAAGAAUUUCCUAAACAAAUGCAUUCUAUUUUUUCAAAAAUAUUUUUUGUGUUAAAAUAUAAUAAAAAAUAGACUUUUAUUCAUUUUCAGCUGAAGUUAUAGUAAAAUUUAUUUCCUCUUUGCCUCAAUGAUGGGUGUAAGAUUUUCUAGGUUCAGAUCAGGACAAACCUAACAGCGUCAUCUUCCCUCCUGCUCUGUUUCUUUUCCUGCUCAUUUUACCAUCUAAAACAACUGGUUGUGCUGGUUGUAAGCAGCCUCACCAUGUGCCUGCAUGCCUUGCUCAACAGACCUGGUGCCAUUUCUUCACAAAUUAACUAAGAGUUGUGCAUAAGUUGUUUGAGACUUAUUUAUAACUGUAUCAUUGUUUUUUCUUAAGAUAAAUAUGUGUUGAAGUGUCACGUUCUUUAGGGAAUAGUAACUUAAUUUAAAAAAAAAAUCUUCAUCUCUUUGCUUAAAGGAACUUUUGUCUUGCAGAUUCAUUCAAGCAGCAGUCCAGAAGCAAAGCUCUCACCCAUUAGGUGUUGAGAAACAAGAGUCCAAGAGCGGAUCAAAGAUUUCAUGCUGGAAGGAAAUCAGAUCACGAAGAGCACAGUGGUGAAUCCUCAGGAAAUUGACACCUGUUGCUGCAAUGAGACUCAUCUUCAUUUAGAAAGGGAGAAACUUGAAUUGAUCAACCACUUUCUGUUCAAUCUCUGCUUGGUAUUUCAGGGGAAGCAUAAAAAACAUUGCUUACAUGUUGAUGUACCUGUGUAAAAAUAAUCUGGUGUCAAGACUUGUUAAAAACGAAAUGCAACUUUUGUUGAAAUAGAGUUUUCACAAUGUUCAUAGUCACAUUUCUAUUAAUUGCAAUAAAGGAUAUUAGUUGAUUCCACCAUUA